GACCCGGGGUUGUUCGAUGGCGGCGGCGGGUGUGAGGCGAAGUUGAGGGACGGACGGACGGACGGACUGAGGCGACAUGUCGGCCUAUCCGAAUCGCCACAACCCCUUCGCCGAGGAGGAGGAGGAGGACGACGAUGAGGAGAGGGGGGCGGAGGCGGGGGGCCGCGGCCUGGGCCCGGAGGCGGAGAGGCAGCAGUCGCUGAGGGAACAGGCCAUGAGCAGCGCCCGGCGCGCCGUACAAAGCAGCGGCCGCAGCGUCGCCAUCAUCUAUGAGACGGAGCAAGUGGGCACCGACACGGCACAGGAACUACUGCGGCAAGGCGAUGCUCUGAGGCGAACGGAUAAAAUGCUGGAUAAAAUGGACCAGGAUUUGAAGGUCAGCCAGAAACACAUCAACAGCAUCAAGAGCAUGUUUGGUGGCAUUACAAACUACUUCAAAGCUAAAAACCCUGAGCCACAGGCUGCUCCAGAACCGGAAAAGCAAAAUAGGAGCAAAUUGCAAGAAAGUUUGGAUAAAAGCAAGCAGCAGGAUGAGCAGUACCAGGCAAAUCAUCCGAACCUGAGGAAACUGGACACAUCAGGCUUUGGAGCUGCGACUAGUUCUGCAGCAGAAAACAACAAUUGCCCCCGGAACAAUUACCUUCGUGCUUGUCAUGAUCAGAUGGAUGACAAUCUAGACGUGAUGACCUCUGGCCUGGGUCGGCUAAAGGGGCUAGCCAUGGGCCUGCAGACAGAAAUCGAUGAACAGGAUGAGAUUAUUAACCGGGUGGCAGGCAAAGUAGACCGAGUGGAGACCAAGAUCGGAGCAACGGAUCGACAGCUACGUAAACUUUAAAGGAGCAUUGAUUAGUUUAGGCUCCGUCGGAUGUACAUCCACGAGCAUUCAUCUUGUAGAAACAGCACCUUUUAAAAAAAUAUCCAGAUCCUACGGCGAAUGGAGUUUAAGAAUGCAAAUUCUCAAGAAAUUGAAUUGGUCCUCGCUGAAAUCUGUUUCUGUAUUUUCAGGGAAGAUGGACACAAAACGCUGGAGUAACUCAGCGGGACAGGCAGCAGCAGCAGCUCUUGAGAGAAGAAAUGGGUAAUGUUUCGGGACAAAACUCUUCAUCAGAAAAAGGGGUCUCAACCCGAAACGUCACGCAUUCCUUCUUCGGGGAAGGGUCUCGGCCCAAAAACGUCACCCAUCCCUUCUCUCCAGAUAUGCUGCCUGCCCCGCUGAGUUACUCCAGCAUUUUGUGUCUGUCUUCAGUGUAAACCAGCAUCUGUAGUUCCUUCCGAUACAUUUCGUCUGAAUUUUCAGGAAUGGAUUUAACUACUGUUGUGCCCGCAUUCAGAUUGACAUUAAUUACUGGCACGUUAUAUAUGAAGCUGAAGGUAACCUGCAAUAUUAUAUGGUUUAAUUAUUAUUGAUUAUAUGUGUCAAUUUAUAAGGAACUAUGAUUUAAACGGCGCUAAUGCAAACCUGGAUUAAUUUUGCUGCACUUGCAUUGAUAUUCUCAUAACUGCAGGAGUCAGGAGAGGUCGACACAAAAUGCUGGAGUAACUCAGCGGGUGAGGCAGCAUCUCUGGAAGGAAGGAAUGGGUGACGUUGCCCGUCCCGUCUCCAGAGAUGCUGCCUCACCCGCUGAGUUACUCCAGCAUUUUGUGUCUACCUGCGAUUUAAACCAGUAUCUGCAGUCCUUUCUUACGCAGUCAGGAGAGGUCACUGUUUGAUGAUACUAAAAACUAACUAACUAGCUACACUUCUGAACUAUUGUCCAGAGGGUUCGGUUUAGCCGGACGAAAAUUGUGUACUAAUGUUCCAUUCUGUACAUUCCCUCUCACCCAUUCAGUGCGUGUGAUUUGGUUUGCUUUGUACAGAUGCCCUGCGUAUCUCUAUUAAUUGUAGCGAUUUUUAUUCUGAUUUGUAUCUCGAACAUCAAUAAAGAUUUUGGAAAUAUUUCACUGAAAUGAUCCACAUCAAAAAAAAAA